AUGAAAAUAUCAACCAAAAGAUCCGCUGGUCUGAUCGGUAAAUCGGCUGAAUCACGUCAAUUUUCAUCGUUUCAAUUACAACUAAGGUCAUAUGAUCUUAGGGAACCUUUCUACCAUUUGAUUUUUGGUCUAACGGUGUUAUCGAUACCAAUCUUGCAAAGCUUCCCCUUCAUGACAAUGUUGUCUGGCUUUACGUUGAACAUAUCGAUAUAUAGUGCUGCUAUUCUAAAGAAUCUUUUGAUUGAAGUAAUUUCCACUGGUUUAUACAUUCUGCAAAAUAAAGCAGUGGAUCAACACCAAAAAGGUGUAGCAAAUGGCAUUUGCAUAACUGCUAUGUCUGCAUGCAAGAUAAUUGGUCCAGCUGCAGGUGGUGCAAUGUGA